AUCUACUCACUCAUUUGAAAGGCAUCAGUCAUGCCUUGUGCUAAAUUGUAGAAAUCUCCUUCAGAUUCAGCUCAAGAGCAGUUGGCACUCUUGCUUGUAUAACCAGUCCAUUCAGACUCUCCGGCCCUACUGCUCCUCAGUGUUCUCAGUGCAAGCAAGUCUGUCAUCAAAUGAAACUCCAGGUCUGUCUGGGAGGAGUCGGAAUGAUGUUUUCCAGGGAAAUGUUCUGAGGAAAUUCAACGCUUCUACAUAAUGACGAGGCCUUGGGAAUCCAGUUGUGUGAAUUACUGAUGUCUUCAGAGCUGUGAAGAGUAUGCACAUCGACCUGGCAUCAGCCACAGAAAUUAAAGUGUGCCAUGGUUUCCUGGCCUGCAACUCAGCUCACCUGACAACUGGAAAAGUUUGCUUUCUUGACCAAUCACUUCUCUCUGCAAACAAUUUGCGCCAUCCAGACUAUAAGAGCGCUCAACUUUUCCAUCAAGACAGAAAUACUUCCGUGGCCCACUAGACAGCGUGCGGACCUUUUUACGGACGAUAUCUACAAUACGGAAGACAACUGGAAUUAUUUUGCUUGUAUUAAGUACUUCAUAAACACAUCUUGCGCGUUUUCUACCGAAACUGAUGUUUGACGGAAUGAUGCAAGACGAAUCCAGCUCCCCAGUGUCUCCAGCGGACAGUCUUAGCAACAGUGAAGAAGAACUCGACAGGCAACAGAAAAGAUGUGGGAGGAAAAGGAGAACGAGCAGGAAAAAUGGGGAGGAUUCAGAUAGCCCGACCCCUGGGAAAAGAGGAAAAAAGUCCAGCAGCAGCAGUCCGCAGUCUUUCGAAGAACUUCAGACGCAGAGAGUCAUGGCGAAUGUGCGCGAGCGACAGAGGACGCAGUCCCUCAACGAGGCAUUCGCAAGUUUGCGGAAAAUUAUUCCUACUCUGCCAUCAGACAAACUGAGCAAAAUACAGACCCUCAAACUUGCUGCCAGGUACAUCGAUUUCCUCUACCAAGUGCUUCAGAGCGAUGAACUGGAUUCCAAAAUGGCAAGUUGUAGUUAUGUGGCUCAUGAAAGACUAAGCUAUGCCUUCUCUGUAUGGAGGAUGGAGGGCGCGUGGUCCAUGUCAGCAUCUCACUAGCGUCUAUGGAGCCAUAGGGCAACAUGGUGACAACCGAUUCCACUUACCUAUCCCAAAGGGCAAUUCUGGAGUCCCAUGCUGGAUUUGUACAAAGCUACAGUAUUUUGGGGGAAAAUAAGAAAGCUGUUCAAACCAAAGAUGACGGGGCGUGGGGAGCACUUACAGAG